AUGGCCCAGCAAAGGACAUUGAAAGAGUUAGCAGCGCCAAAUCUUGACCAACAACCACUUUGCAUCCAAUAUCCAUCGUUGGAUGUAAACUUUGAGCUGAAGUCGGGCCUCAUCCACUUAUUGCCUUCUUUCCAUGGGCUGCCUGGUGAGGAUCCGAAUAAACAUUUGAAGGAGUUUCAUAUUGUCUGCUCUAUUAUGAAACCUGCUGUAGUGACUGAAGAACAAAUGAAGCUGCGAGCUUUUCCUUUCUCCCUAAAGGAUGUAGCUAAAGAGUGGUUGUACUAUCUUUCACCUGGUACUGUUAAAACUUGGAAUGGUAUGAAGACUAUGUUCCUAGAACGAUACUUUCCAUCAUCUAAAGUUGGAAACAUCGGGAAAGAGAUCUGUGGUAUAAGGCAAUAUACAGGAGAGUCUUUGUAUGAAUAUUGGGAGAGAUUUAAACGGUUGUGUGCUAGUUGCCCUCAUCAUCAGAUAAGUGAACAACUCCUCUUUCAGUGCUUUUAUGAAGGAUUACAAUCACUGGGUAGGAGUAUGAUUGAUGCAGCUAGUGGAGGUGCACUAGUUGAUAAGACUCCUGUUACAACUAGGAGCUUGAUUUCUAAUAUGGCUGCUAACUCACAACAGUUUGGCAUUCGCCAAGAUCUUAUUCCACCACCCAAAUCAGCUAAUGAAGUGAGCACCUCUAAUGCUAAUCAGCUGGGUCAACAAUUGGCCCAAUUAACUGCAGUGGUCCAACAACUAGCUUUAGGUCAACAUGUGAGGUCAUGUGGAAUCUAUCAAGUUGUGGGGCACGCUACUGAUACUUGUCCUACUCUAGUUGAAGGAGAAACUGAGGGUGUUAACGCUGUAGGAAAUUUCCCUGGUCAAUUACGUCAGAUGUAUUAUGAACCCUUUUCACAAACUUAUAAUCCUGGCUGGCGUGAUCAUCCAAAUCUUCGUUAUGGGAAUCAACAACAAAUUGCUCCACAACCAACAUCAGCGAGACCACCUGGUUUCACUUUGCAACAGCAGUCUCAAAAUAAUUUUGUACCUAGACCAUCACAACCACCGCAAGCUGCUCCACCACCAAGUGCCAAACCCUCUACGGAGGAUUUAAUCAAUGCACUUGCUACAAAUACUCUUCAGUUUCAGAAAACCACCCAAGCUUCCAUCAAAAGUUUGGAGAAUCAGAAUCCCAAGGAGAAUGCUAGUGCAGUAACUUUGCGAAGUGGGAUGCAAUAUGAUCCACCUAGUCCUCCAAUGCCCGGUAAAUUGUCAUCCAAGCCACAAGUUGAUUGCUCAGUUAAUGAAGAUGUUCCUCCAAAGCCAACCACCCUUACACAACUAAACCCUAAGCGUACUUUUGUCAUUCCACCUCCAUUCCCAAGCAGACUAAAGAAGACUAAAAAGGAAGAGGUUGACAAGGAAAUUUUUGAUACAUUCCGAAAGGUAGAAGUGAAUAUUCCUCUUCUUGAUGCUAUUAAACAAGUGUCGCGCUAUGCCAAGUUUUUGAAAGAGUUGUGCACUAAUAAGCGUAAGUUGAGGGGUAAUGAAAAAGCUAUGAGGUAUCCAAGUGAUGUACAUGCUGUUUACUCUCUUGAUGUGUUGGGUAUCCUUUCUCAACAAGUUUUAGAUUUGCAUAGUGAAGAUUGUUUGGAGGUUGCGUUGAGAGAGCAUCUUGUGCUGAUCGAUGAAGAUUUUUCUCAUGAGAUCAUGGAUGUCAUAACCACACUCAAUAGUGGUUUUGACAAGACUUUUAAGAAGGUUGCAUUUCUUAAUUUACCGAUUUCUAAUGAGAAAUUGCAGCCAUCAAUUGUUCAAGCUCCUAACUUGAAUUGA